UAAUAUACCAUUUUUUCUAUUCUUUUCUUUACUGAAUUACUGUUAUAGGAAUCAGUUGCAGAGAAUCGCCGACAUGGUUGUAGCAUUAGGUCCGGGAAAAUUCUACGGCAAGAGCCUUCCAAGGCCACGGAUCUACACCGACGUGAAGUUCAACGAGGAGCGGGUCGACCCGCCGGUGCCCGUCUUCGAUCCUCUGAUGUCGUGGGCCGAGGAGGCGCACUGGUCCAUGGGUGGCCUCAGCUUCAAGCGCCACCGCCUCCAGGGCCGGAUCGAGGGCAACAUCAGCAAGUUACGGGCGGAGCACGAGAAGCAGGUGAAGAAACUCAAGAAGAAUUCCCCCUCUAAAUCUUCUUCCCCCGCCACUGGCUUCUACACCCCCUCACCUCCUCCUGCUCCCAUCGCCGUGAAGCGAAAGCGGCGAUUGAUUGACGAGGAGGAGGAAGAAGGGAGUGACGAAGCUCGGAGAGGAUGGCCGGCCAGGAAACUCGGCGAUGAUUUUGAUAGGGUUGCGUAUGAAAGCGGGUUGAUAGACAGUGACGCGGAGGAGACGAUUGCUGCGCGGACGAGGCGCCAGAAGGCGGAGAAAGCGGCGGUGGAGGCGGAGGUUGUUAUAAAGGUUAAGUCUAAGGGCUUGAAGAGGCUGAAGAAGGGCGUGAAAAAAAGCGUGAACAGAUCUUCACCAAGAUUGGCUAAGCGUGAGUCGCCUUGAAACUGUUUGCUCAUUUGUCUCAGAGGCAGCAGUACAAAACCUAAAACUUUUAAUCUAUUCCCCUUGUGUGAUGCCUUGUGUUUAUCGACAUUGUAAUGUAAGCGUUUAAUCUCUCAAGCUAUGGAAUUCUAUAAUCAUGAUGUUAAAGUGGGAUUUCACCUUGACAAAAAUAAUCACAACAUAGCUAGGUUGCUGAA